AUGAGAAGACGGCGCAAUGAGGUCACCAUCGAAUUGAGAAAAAAUAAAAGAGAAGAAACGUUACAAAAAAGACGAAACAUAUUUGAUAUUGAAUCAUUAGAAGAAGACGACAUUGACAAAAAAAUUAGCGUCGAAGAAAUAGUUAGAAAUUCUGCUAGUUCUAAUCCGGAAAUACAAUUAAAUGCCGUUCAAGCAGCAAGAAAACUCCUUUCCUCCGAUCGGAAUCCCCCAAUAGAUGAUUUAAUAAAUGCAGGAAUAUUGCCAAUAUUGGUCAACUGCCUUUGUUCCGAAAAUCCUACCCUACAAUUUGAAGCAACGUGGGCUUUAACGAACAUAGCUUCUGGUUCCAGUCGUCAAACAAAGGCCGUUGUCGAUGCUCAGGCCGUACCACUGUUCCUUCAGCUCUUAUUGUCUCCUCAUCAAAACGUAUGCGAGCAAGCCGUUUGGGCUCUUGGCAACGUUAUUGGUGACGGCCCUGAUUUACGAGAUUACGUUAUUAAUUUAGGAGUUGUAGGUCCUUUGCUUACUUUUAUAAAACCAAAUAUACCCAUCAGUUUCUUACGUAACAUCACUUGGGUUAUCGUUAACCUCUGCAGAAGCAAAGAUCCUCCUCCUCCUUCUCAAACCAUCAGCGAAAUAUUACCCGCUUUAAACGUUCUUAUUCAUCAUAGUGAUAUAAAUAUACUCGUCGACACCGUUUGGGCCAUAAGUUAUUUGACAGACGGUGGAAACGAUCAAAUUCAAAUGGUAGUCGACAGUGGUAUAGUAUCGAAGUUAAUACCGUUGUUAUCUCAUAAGGAAGUAAAAGUUCAAACGGCGGCUUUAAGAGCGGUUGGAAAUAUUGUCACGGGAACGGACGAACAAACUCAGGUUGUACUAAAUUGCGACGCUCUUUCUCACUUUCCAGAACUUUUGUCUCACUCCAAAGAGAAAAUAUGCAAGGAAGCCGUUUGGUUUCUAUCGAACAUAACGGCCGGAAACCAGCAUCAAGUUCAGCAAGUCAUCGAUGCAAAUUUAUUACCCCACAUAAUUAGAAAUUUAGUCGAGGGGGAAUUUCAGACGAAAAAAGAAGCGGCAUGGGCUUUAAGCAAUUUAACAUUAAGCGGUAACCGAGAUCAAGUAGCCACUCUAAUACAAGAAGGUGUUAUUCCGCCUUUUUGCGACUUGUUAGCAUGUAACGAUAAUCAAGUUAUACAAGUAGUUUUGGACGGGAUUAACAAUAUGCUGAGAAUGGCGGGUCCGCAAGUCGAGGGACUCGCUAACAUGAUAGAAGAAUGCGGAGGAUUGGACAAGAUUGAAGCACUUCAAAAUCAUGAAAAUCAUGAUAUAUAUAAAUUGGCUUUUGAUAUUAUUGAAAAUUACUUUUCGGAAGAUGCCGAAGACGAUCCGAAUUUAAUGCCUCAAGCUACAGAAACAGGAUUUCAAUUCGAUCCGAAUACGAGUAUAUCAAGUGAAGGUUUCAAAUUCGAGUGA